AUGUUUGACAGUCUUGGAUUCAUUUCCAUGAUUUGGUGGUCUAUGAUGCUAUUUCAUCCCUUGCAUGCUGAUAUCCAGUGUACGGGGUCUGAAGCACAAGAAUCACCUAUUACGAAUGUGACAAUGAAUUGGAGAAAAAUGGAACUCUCCUGGGAGAGCAGCAAGAAUUUCUCUAAGUACAAAUGUACUGUCAUGGGCAGGGACACGGGAAGUGUACUGAAAGAGGUGAAUAGUCCACUAUGCAGGGUUUCAGUGGAACAACACCUGCCUCUGCACAAAGGCGUAUUCUUCACCAUUGAAGUGCCAAACACAAACAUCUCAAAAAACUGCAACUUUAUUCCUGGAGGUAUGAAUGGGUCGGCCAUUGAAAAUUUCUCCUGUGUGAUUUAUAACAUUUCCCUCAUGAACUGCACUUGGCAGGCAGGUAGGGAUGCUCCAGGAGAUACCCAAUAUUUUCUCUACUGGCAGAACUCGAGAGAUGAUGAUGCAAUGGAAUGUGAGCUUUACAUUAAAGAUGAAAAUGGCAGAAACACAGGAUGUAGAUUCAAAAAUGUGAGCAUAGUGACUGAAAAAUCUUACUUCCUUGUGAACGGGUCUAGCAAAGACUCCCUGAUCCAGUUCUAUGAUGAGUACAUUCAACUGUAUGAAAUUGAAAUACUCACUCCUCCAUUAAAUGUCACUGUCAUUUGUACUAAAGAUUGCAUAAUUACAUGGCAACCACCCCUUACAAGUCAUGUGGAAAACGUAAACUGUUUUCAGUAUGAAAUUAGGAUACAAAAUAAGGAUGAGCCCAAACAAGAGAAAAAGGAUCAUCUUGUAAAGGUACGGAAAAACAGAUAUGAAUUCCAAAAUUACAACGAGAAAAAAAAAUACAUUCUGAAAAUCAGAGCACGUGGAAAAAGCUGUCUUGUAAGCUCAGUCUGGGGGGAAUGGAGUGGACCCAUCGAGUUUGGUCAAGGGAAAUAUUACUUUAUUUUUGUGAUUUUAUUUCUGGUAGCACUUGGAACAAUCUCAGUGGCACUGAUCCAAUAUUGUCUUUUCAAAAGGUACUGCAGUUUCAAAAGCAUAUUUUCUCCCAUUCCGCAGCCAAGAGACAAAUUUAAUGCAUCAACUGAUGAAGAUAUCCAGACAGAAUACGUAAAUCUACCAAAAAAAAGUCCUACCGAGGAAAUAACUAUGGUUGAAGAGAUGACUUAA